AUGAGUACUAAGCGUGGCGCUGCGAGAGGCGUCAAGCUGCCUAAUCGCAGAGCACAUGCCGACGCCCUCGACAGACUGCCCCCUGAACCGACUGCGGCGCAACUCAAGGAUGCCGCCAUUGAGGUAUCUCUCGCUGACCUGGAAGAACGUGUGGCUGAUGUGCGCGAUUCAUGGGAGACAGACUCGCUCUUUGAGGAUACCUUUGAAGCCAUAGUUGAGGACAGCUCAGCUUCCUCGUCAACAUAUAGUCAUGAGGCGAAUCGUCUCCGCAGAGAGCUUCGCGACCAGGGCCCUGCUGUCUUUUGCCAGCGGACCGUGGACGCUGGCCGCUAUACAGCCAAGAAGCUGCUCUCCGCCUUUAACAUCAAGCCACCGGCGUUCCUUGAGGGCGAACCCGAUGAGUCGUACUACAGCCUUCUGUCCCUGGCAAUCACCCGCGAGCUCUCCAAGCGCGCCAAGAUUGCCCGCUACAACACCGUCGAGGAUGCCGUACACCUAAUCGCUAAGAGUUCCAACAUCAUCCUCAUUACUGGCGCCGGCAUCUCCACGUCGCUUGGCAUCCCUGACUUCCGUUCCAAGGGCACUGGCCUGUACUCCAAGCUUGCCCAUUUGGGCCUCAACGACCCGCAAGAGGUGUUUGACAUUGACGUCUUUAAGGAAGACCCGUCCAUCUUUUACUCGGUCGCCAAAGACAUUAUCCCCGCCACGGAGCGCUACACGCCCACGCACAAGUUCAUUGCCAUGUUGCACCAGCGCGGCAAGCUCCUUACCAACUACUCCCAGAAUAUUGACAACCUUGAGAUCAAGGCUGGUGUCCCCAAGGACAAACUCAUUCAGUGCCACGGCUCCUUCGGCACCGCUUCCUGCGUUCAGUGCGGCUAUCAGUGCCCCGGCGAGCGCAUCUUCCCUGACAUCCGCGCCGGCAUCAUCCCCAAGUGUCCUCGCUGUAACCAGGCCGCCAUCGCUGCCGCCGCAGCAAACCGAGCUUCAUCCGCCAAGCGCCGACGUACCAGCGAGCGGAAGCGUCGUCGGUGGUCCGUCGACGACGACAGCUCCGACGAGCACUCCUCGGCGUACGACACGCCCAACACGGGCGGCGUCAUGAAGCCUGACAUCACCUUCUUUGGCGAGGCCCUCCCCGACGAGUUCUCGCGACGCCUGACGGAAAAUGACCGCGACAAGGUCGACCUCGUCAUCGUCAUCGGCACCUCGCUCAAGGUUACUCCCGUCUCCGAGAUUGUCAGCUGGCUGCCCCCGCAUAUCCCGCAAGUAUAUGUCUCGCGCCAGCCCGUCACCCAUAUCAACUUUGACAUUGACCUGCUCGGUGACUGUGACGUUGUCGUCGCCGAGCUCUGCCGUCGUCUUGGCUGGCCCUUCGUCCACGAGAUGGUGCCCCAAGACCAGGUCAUCGACGUCCGCACCGAGUCGGGCUUCGAGAGCCAGCACAUGUUUGAGGUUCGCCGAGUCGUGACUGUCGACGACAGCGAUGAUGAAGAUGAUGGCGAUAAAGAUCGCGCGAAGGCGGAUGAGCAAGAGGACAAGGACGCCCGCAAGCCCGUCACACCGUCAUCUGUUUAA